GCAUAUCCAACAGUUUCAGGGGAGGUAAUAACAAACGAAAACGUCGUCUAUUGUUUCCCGUAAUUUAACGUUAUUUAAACGACGUCAUAACGGAAUCACCAUUGGAAUUGCCAUGGCCGUCGGGAAAAGGCGGUUUCUUUCCUCAAAGGAAAGGACACGGCGGGAAUCUGCAAAAAAGCUAAUUGAGAAUAUAAAUGGAAAUAGAAAUGAAAUCUUCAAAGUUGAUCAACAAAUCGCUGAUAAACCUGUCAUUAACAUAGACCAAGACGAUACAGAUAUAACAUGGAAAGAUGGUCGGCGCCUAGUUGAGCUUUCAUUACUAGCCGAAGCUUUGAAAGCUUGCGUGGGUUGUGGCUCAAACUUAAAAUUGCAUAAUACUAUUAACGAACAAAGAUUUGGAUUUGCCAGUAUAUUGAACAUUUCUUGUGAAAAAUGUGGAUACGUGACUGCUAUACCAACCAGCAAAAGACAUUUCUCUGGACAACGAGGACCUGGCGCAUUUGACAUAAAUACCAAAAUGGCACUAGGAAUGACCGAUUGUGGCUCUGGACAUCGGCAACUCAAUAAGUUGUUUGCCACAAUUGGAGUUCCAGGCAUUUCUGCUAAUGCCCUCAAGACACGGGAAAGAGAAGUAAAUAAACCCCUGGUAGAAACAGCCAAAAAAUCUUGCCUCGAAGCCAUUGAAGAGGAGACUGCUUUAACGCUUGAUGAUACACCACAUAAGGGUCUCGCAAUUAAAUAUGACAUGUGUUGGCAAAAAAGGGGGAGUGGAAGGUCGUAUGACAGUCCAUCUGGAGUGGGUACCGCUAUAGGAUCGAUGACGGGGAAAAUACUCGAUUAUGGUAUUUGCGGGAAAAACUGUAGAAUCUGUUUAUAUGCUGAAAAGAUAAAUAUUGAAGCUAGGCCUCAUAACUGUAAAAAAAAUUGGAAUCAAUCCUCAAAAGCCAUGGAGGCCUUCACGGGAGCAAAGCUGAUGCAGAAUAUUGAAGAUCUUUCUCAUAAACCAGUAACAAUUCUUAUAAUGGAUGAUGACGCUGCAACCAUGUCAAAAGCUAGGGAAGUAUUGGGACAUGAGUUGGAAAAAUGGAGCGACAUUGGUCACUCCAAAAAGUCGGUAGGAAAGGCAUUGUACAACUUACAAAAUAAGCACAAGAUAUUGAGUACACGUGUCAUACAGUACUUUCAGAAAUGUUUUUCGUAUGCUGUCACUCAAAAUAAAGAUAAUGCUUCAAGGUUAAAGGAUGCACUGCAAGCAAUAGUUGAACAUACAUUUGGAAAUCACGUCAAGUGUGGUAACUGGUGCAAAGCAGGAAAUGUAGAUUAUACAUAUAAAUCACUUCCACAUGGCAAACCUUUCGAAAAUGAAUCGCUGUAUGUUGACUUAUCUGUUAUAUUCAAAUCUGUUGCUAACCAUUCCGAGAAACUUGCCCCUGGAGGCUCCACAAGAGAUGUAGAAUCUACCAACAAUAUAUAUGCAAGUAAAGCCCACAAGCGCACAUGUUACAGUACAAGUGAAUCCCUUGAAAAUAGGAUUGCUGCUGCAGCUGCACAAAAAAAUCUAGGGUAUAACUAUAUGGAAGAUGUUUUUGUAAAGGCACAUUUAUCACCAAGUAAAAUUUUGGAAGUUAACUGUCAAAAAUUAUCAAAAGAAAGAAAACGCCAGUUGAAAUUUGAAGGAGACCCUGAAAUAAAAAAGAGGAAACUAUUGGUGAAAAAAGAGAAAAGAUCUAAUACGGAAUCGUUGGAGAAAAAAGAAGGAGUAACCUAUUCAUCUAAUAUGUCAUUCGCCUCUGUCACUUGUGAUGCAAGUAUACCUGUGAUUAAAUAUAGACCAGAUUUAUCAGAAAUUGCUAGUUGUGAAAAUAUCGUUGUCUUCGACUUGGAGACAUCUUCCUUAGGCUUAGAUUGUGAUAUUUUACAAAUUGCAGCAUCCCAUUUACAUAAAACGUCGGAGUACAGUACUUACAUUCAGCCAAAUAAAUCAAUUUCAUCACAGGCCUCAGCUGUUACUGGUUUAACUAGCAAAGGAGGCGUGCUUUUUUAUAAAGGAGACCCUGUUCAAGUACUGUCACAAGAAGCUGCAUUUCAAAACUUUACCUCUUGGUUAGAACAGCAUAAACCAUGUGUCUUAGCAGCUCAUAAUUGUAAAACUUUUGAUGCUCGCCGAUUACUGUACAGUCUGUCAAAAUUUACCUGCUUCGGAGAAUUUAGACAAAAUGUUAGUGGUUUUGUGGAUACUUUGCCAUUGUUUAAAACAUUCUACCCAGAUUUGCCUAAUCAUAAGCAAAAUACAAUUUUUAAAGAAGUUUGCAAAAGUGAUUACAUUGCGCAUAAUGCAAUUGAGGAUGUUGAGGCUCUUAGAGUUUUGUUAGGCAAUAUUUCUAUUGACUACAAGAAAUUUUCAUUUACUAUUGAGAGUAUGAAUUCACAAAUGAAGUUUGACAAUGUUAGUAAAGUAGAUCAAGAGACUUUUACAACCUUAAUUACUCAAAAAAUCAUAUCACAGAGAACAGCGGAUGUUAUGGCCAAAUCAGGCUUAAAAUUAAACCACUUAUAUUAUGCAUUUGAAAAGGAAGGAGAAGACGGAAUUCGAGAACUACUAUUAGAAAAGAGACGAGAUGGAUCGCCCAGAGUAACAAAGAACAAAUCGAUAAUUACGAAGUUAAUUGAUUAUUUCAAAAGACAAUAA